AUGUUUCAAUUGCAAUCAUUAGUACCACUCGCUUUAUUGCUAUUGAAUACAUUCAACGUCGCUGAUGCCAAAGUGCACACUGCUAAGAUCCAUAAGCAAGAAUUGAGAUUGAAUGACGACAUCCCAUUCGAAGAAAGUGUCGCUAACUUGGGUCAAAAAUAUUUACACCAAUUUGAAAAAUUCAACCCGGAAGUAUCCUUCUCCAGAGACCAUCCAUUCUUCACACAAGGAAAGAAUUCUGGUCAUAACAUUCCAUUAUCCAAUUACCUGAAUGCUCAAUAUUUUGCUGAUAUCACAUUAGGUACCCCACCCCAAAGUUUUAAGGUUAUCUUAGAUACAGGAUCAUCCAACUUGUGGGUUCCUAGUGUAGAAUGUGGCUCUUUAGCUUGUUACCUACAUUCUAAGUAUGAUCAUGAUAAAUCUUCCAGUUAUAAACCUAACGGAACUGAUUUCGCUAUCAGAUAUGGUACUGGUUCUUUAGAAGGUUACAUUUCUCAAGAUACUUUGAACAUUGGGGAUUUGAAUAUUCCAAAGCAAGAUUUUGCUGAAGCUACCAGUGAACCUGGUUUGACUUUCGCAUUCGGUAAAUUCGAUGGUAUUUUAGGUUUGGCUUAUGAUAGUAUUUCUGUCAAUAAAGUUGUUCCACCAUUUUAUAAUGCUAUUGAACAAGAAUUAUUAGAUGAGAAGAAAUUCGCAUUCUAUUUGGGUGAUGCUAAUAAGAAGUCGGAAGAUGGUGGUGAAAUCACUAUUGGUGGUAUCGAUAAAACUAAAUUUAAGGGUGAUAUCGAUUGGUUACCUGUCCGUCGUAAGGCUUACUGGGAAGUUAAAUUCGAAGGUAUCGGAUUAGGUGACCAAUUUGCAGAAUUGGAAAACCAUGGUGCUGCCAUUGAUACUGGUACUUCUUUAAUCGCAUUACCAUCGGGUUUGGCUGAAAUUAUUAAUACUGAGAUUGGUGCUAAGAAGGGUUGGACCGGGCAAUAUACUGUGGAAUGUGAUGCAAGACCUAAUUUACCAGAUUUGACUUUCAAUUUUAACGGUAAGAAUUUCACGAUUGGUCCAUAUGACUACACUUUGGAAGUCUCUGGAUCUUGUAUCUCUGCUAUUAUGCCAAUGGAUUUCCCUGAACCUGUCGGACCAAUGGCUAUUAUUGGUGAUGCCUUCCUACGUAAAUAUUACUCCAUUUAUGACUUAGAAAAUAACGCAGUUGGUUUAGCUGAAGCUAUUUAA